AUGCAGCUCGAUGAGGUCAAGAUCGUCCCCCGCCCAAGAAAACACACCUCCCCAGCAACCCUCCAGCGAGAGGUCACCCUCGACGCUCAGCUUCUGCAGGGCCUCUUCCACGUCCGGCAAGAGGAGGCAGCCGAGCAGCUCGGGGUGUGCCUGACGAGCUUCAAGGCUGCGUGCCGGAGGCUCGGGAUCCAGCGCUGGCCGUACACCAAGGGCACGAGCUCCCAGACAAGACAACGCGAGUACAAGGACAAGGAGGAAUUGCGCACUGAUGGCCAGAGGAGAGGAGAAGCACCAGUUCCCGUCUGCUGGGAUACGGCAUGGCUGGAGUGGUACAUGGAUGCCACUGAUAUGGAUCCCGUUAUAUUUUUCUCGAAUGCUCAGCCAGUCGACCUCUGUCUAGUGACCAGCAAGAUAUAG